AUGAGCCUCCUGGUGCAGCAAAAACUACGACCUGGGGAUGACUUCAGCAAUGACCUGAUGUUGCUCCGCCUCAGCAAGCCUGCUGACAUCACAGAUGUUGUGAAGCCCAUUGACCUGCCCACAGUGGUGCCCAAGCUGGGAAGCACAUGCCUUGCUUCAGGCUGGGGUAGCACUACACUGUUCAAGUUCCAAAAUCCAGAUGAUCUCCAGUGUGUGAAUCUCAAGCUCCUGCUUAAUGAGGACUGUGCCAAAGCUCACAUGGAAAAAGUGACAGACGUCAUGCUAUGUGCAGAAGAGAUGGAUGGAGGCAAAGACACUAGCAAGGGAGACUCAGGAGGCCCACUGAUCUGUGAUGGUGUUCUCCAAGGUAUCACAUCAUGGGGCUCUAUACCAUGCGGUACACCUCGUAUANCAAGNGCCUAA